AGCUGUCUUUUUCGAGAAGGGGGCCCAUCUAUCCAGGACAACAACAACGUACACACAAUUACCACUCAGCCCCAUCAGAUCAGCUUUACAAAACCGCAAACCGCCUACAGCUACCACCAUGCGUUCGUUCUCGACUCUCAUCCUCGGCGUAGCCGCCCUUGCCGUCUCCGCCGCUGCUCACAGCAUACAACUCCACCCGCACACGCGCGAUUGCUACCACGAGACCCUGCAUCGCGAGGACCGCAUGACCGUCUCCUACCAGGUCGGCGACCGGGAAUUCGGCAGCGCGGGGAAUCUCGAGAUUGAUUUCUGGAUUCAAGAUCCAUCCGGAAACCUGAUCGAGAACAAGAAAGCCACGUCGGGAGGAAACGCGGACUUUGAGGCGCUGCUGGACGGGCGCUACACGUACUGCUUCUCGAACGAGAACUCCGGCAGCGCAAAGGAGGUCAUGUUCAACGUGCACGGCGUCGUCUAUGUCGCCGAGGACCCGGCGCAAGCCGACCCGCUCGAGAAGGGCGUCAAGACCUUGGGCGAGCUGUUGAACCAGGUCAAGGACGAGCAGGAGUACAUUGUGAUCCGCGAGAUGGUGCACAGGAACACGGCCGAAAGUACGAACUCGAGGGUCAAGUGGUGGAGUAUCUUCCAGCUCGGUGUAGUGGGGGGCAAUGGAUUGUUCCAGGUGUGGUAUCUGAAGAGGUUCUUUGAGGUUAAGAGGGUUGUCUAAAUCAGUUUGGUAAUUCGGUAAUUCGGUCGUCUUCUCUACCUCGAGCAAUUCAUUGAAGCGUUCUCUUCUUCUUCUUCUUCGUUCUUUCAUACCUUCCGUACUUUAUUUUGUCGCUGUAUACUUAGAUGUGGAAAAACGAAUCGGAUGUAUUCGAUGGGAAUGAAACCUUUAAUGACAACGAACGGUUCGGGAUUCAGUGCUG